CACUCUCCCAUUCCCCGAGGCCCUUAUAUCAUCGAGGAUUUCACUCGCCUUGGAUUCUUCACCGGUCUGGUACUCAACGGUCUAUUCAACAUCCCGCGCCAUCCACCUCAGUCGCACUCUCCAUCAUGAAUCACUAUCCUGAAGUUUGGGGUCGACCCAGGGAUGACAUCUAUGGGCCGUAUAACCCAUCAUACCUACAAACGACUGGCCCCAAGACUCAUACCCAGUCGCCUGCCGUGACCGGGACGUCAGUGAUCGCGGUCAAAUUCAAUGGCGGCGUUGCGAUCGCUGCUGAUAACUUAGCCUCGUACGGAUCUCUUGCUCGAUUUUCCGAUGUGAAACGUCUCCGGGUGUUCGGCGACUCGGCCAUCGUUGGAUUCAGCGGUGAUGUGUCCGACAUGCAGUACAUCGACCGUCUCCUAGAGUCAAUCGACAUCAGGGAGAACUAUUCGACUCAUGGAAAUAUGCUCAACGCUAAGAACCUCCAUACUUACCUGUCCAAGGUGUUUUACAAGCGCCGCUCCGAGUUCAACCCGCUCUGGAACCACAUCCUUGUGGCCGGAUUCGAUGGCGACAAGAAGCCGUUCCUCAGCUCAGCUGACCUGCUCGGAACUACAUUCUCAGCGCCGCACCUUGCUACUGGGUUUGGUGCUCAUCUCGCCGUUCCGAUCCUUCGUCGACUGUUCCCCGAAGAGAGACCCACAGAAGAGAUCAGCAAAGACGAGGCAGUGGCAGCACUGAGGGACUGUCUCAAGGUCCUCUGGUACCGCGAUGCUCGGAGUAUCGAUAAGUACUCCCUUGCAGUGAUAACUGGGGACGGUGUUGAGAUGCAGGAAGACCAGAAAAUUGAAGCUCAGAGCUGGGCAUUCGCCGAAAGCAUCAAGGGAUACGGAGCUCAGGUCAACUAGGUUUCAGUCAUUUGUGUCUAGCGGUAGGAUUCUUAUUAACAAGGGACAAAUUACAUGCUUUAUUUGCUACUGUUGCACUAUCUCAACGUUAUAUAAGCGAUCAUAUCGCACGGGGAAGCAAGGAGGGGGGGAGGGGGGGAGGGACUCCUGCCUACGAUAUCACCCGUGCUUUGAAGCCAUAUAUAGCAAUUUUAUCCUAUGAGAUGUUCAAAGCUUUGGGGUGAUACGGUCGAAGACUACCUGGUUCGAACACGAUCCCACUUUCUCGAGAGACACUUCCACAUGAUCACCGUCCUUGAGCCAAAGUGCUGGUUUUCGGCCC